UCGCGCCCCCAGCAAAACAUGAUUGGUUACGCGAUGGACGUAAAUAAAUUUAUCUCUGCUGUGUCUACUGUACAUUUACACGGUGUCCUUACAAUUUCGUUUUCGGAAAAAAGAAGUUAAAAACGAUACAUACAUUUCUGGUUUCCAGAAAGAUACAGUGGAAGUUACAUUAAUCAAACAUUAAUACACGUUAUUUCUGAGUGGCGCGUGGAAGGACAGCGGCUGUCCCUCGCGCAUCUUUACAUAUUUAAAGCAACAGCUUUAGCUAAAGUUAGCUACCCAACAAAAAUAUUGACUUUACUCUGAAUUUUCAUAAAAAUAUUAUUUAUCACUUACCUCACUGACGUUUUAUUGCUUCUCUGAUAAUUAUAGCCGUUGAAAAUGAAUUGGGUUGGGGGCUCAAGGAACCGGUUAGUAAUGAAGAAUGACGCCAAAAAGCAGAGGGAGUUCUUUGAAAAGAGGAAAUUGCAACAGAAACUGAAAAACCUGGGUAUAGCACUACCAGCAUCGUCUGGAGGCUCUGCUUCUGGAAGUAUGGACCUAGUGACUUUGUUUAUUGUCAACCAGAUUGCUUCUAAGAAAGAAAUUAAAGAUCCUCCUAAAGUAGGAAUCCUCGGCAGCGGGAAAAGGCGAUCCACUAAGCAAAAUAAGCCCCUGGUACUCCCAAUGAGCCCCUGUUCUCCAUCACAGCUGAGUUUUGUUGAGAGCCAGCCUCAGUACAGUGUUCAAGAAACAAGAAAGGGAAGGAAUGUUAUUCCACAAGCGUUCAAGUAUCAUCAAUUGUCACCAGUGCUGGAGUCGGCCUUCUCAGACAACAGUGCGUCUGACUACCUGCCGCCCUUGGCCGACCCCCUCAGCCCCUUCUCCUCGACAUCGUCAACCUCAAGCAAAGGAUUAUUCCCCCUGAAGCUGAAUCUCCAGCAGAGAGGCCAGAUGGAGCUACCUCCCCACUGCUCACCUCCACCCUGGGACACCUCAGGACUGGAGCAGAUCAAGUUUCAGCCAUUCUCCCAGCCCAGAGGUAUGACAGACAGUACACCCUGGUCGUGUGGAUCAAACCCACCCUUCUACCAACUGGAGACACCCACAGCAGCCCAAGUCCUGUUUGGAAAUCCAGAACCAGUGUGAGACCACCACUAGGAUGUAGAUGGAUUAUUUGCUAUCCUUGAAAUAACUUGUCAGUUUUCUAACCACUUGAAGCACAUGUGUGUUAUCGCAGUAAAACAGAGGGAGGAGAGGUCGGCUUCUCUCUCAGUUCAACCACAGGACAAGGAGCCCAU